CCACUAGCUCCGAGCCUCAUUCAGCCGCGUUGCCAGCGGAGUGGAAUAGGCUGGAGAGCGAGCGAACCAGCAGACACUGCGCCUCUACUUGUGAAUGGGACUCGUCUGCUCGCCUUUCUCCAGAGGUGAUCCGGGGAGGAUCUGGGGGCCGCCAGUUUUCCAGAAAGUCUUGGAUGAUUAAAUACAUAUCUGUGCAUAAACACAAACUUUACUGGAACUGUUAAUUUGCUCAAAUGGAUGGAAUAUGGUACUUUAACUGGCAACAGGCUUCCAAAGGUUGAAGGAAACCGUUUGGAGUCUAUACAGAGUUAAAGUGAUGGGCUUAAGGAACAUUGACAUCUCGGUUACGGAAAACCUGUGAACUUUCCAGAGGAUUAUAGUAUUCCUGUUCACUUUUGCAGUGACCCUUUGAGAAGAAAGGGGAAAAAUUGGGGAGUACUCUGGUGCCUAUACAUUAACCAAAAAUGAAGGAAGAUCAUUGUUUACAUGCUGCCCUCCUCUGUCUGGGAAUGCUGUGUUGCACCUUUGUUAUGGCGACAGACAAACUAAACCACUCAAGGCCAUCACUGCAUGGCCAUCACGAGAAAGGGAAGGAAGGGCAAGUUCUCCAGAGGUCAAAAAGAGGAUGGGUAUGGAACCAGUUCUUUGUAAUAGAAGAAUAUACUGGACCGGAUCCUGUACUAGUAGGUCGACUUCAUUCAGAUAUCGAUUCUGGUGAUGGGAACAUCAAAUACAUUCUCUCAGGUGAAGGAGCGGGCAUUAUUUUUGUUAUCGAUGACAAAUCAGGGAACAUCCACGCAACAAAGACACUGGAUCGAGAAGAAAGAGCUCAAUAUACAUUAACUGCCCAAGCUGUGGACCGGCACACCAAUCGGCCCUUGGAACCACCCUCAGAAUUCAUCGUCAAAGUCCAAGAUAUCAAUGACAACCCUCCUGAAUUCCUUCACGAAAAUUAUCAUGCCAAUGUACCAGAGAGAUCCAAUGUGGGUACAUCUGUGAUUCAGGUGACAGCCUCAGAUGCUGAUGAUCCUACCUAUGGAAAUAGUGCGAAACUUGUUUACAGCAUUCUUGAAGGCCAACCGUAUUUCUCUGUAGAGCCACAAACAGGUAUUAUAAGAACAGCUCUUCCCAACAUGGACAGAGAAGCAAAGGAAGAAUAUCAUGUUGUGAUACAAGCAAAGGACAUGGGAGGACACAUGGGAGGACUUUCAGGAACCACCAAAGUGACAAUUACCCUCACAGAUGUCAAUGAUAACCCACCAAAGUUCCCACAGAGUGUUUAUCAGAUGUCAAUAUCGGAAGCCGCCGUUCCUGGCGAGGAAGCUGGAAGAGUCAAAGCCAAAGAUCCGGACAUUGGAGAAAACGGUUUAGUAACUUACAACAUCAUUGAUGGCGACGGUAUAGAAAUGUUUGAAAUCACAACGGAUUCCGAGACUCAGGAAGGGGUUGUGAAGCUUAAGAAGCAAGUUGACUAUGAAACCAAAAGAACCUACAGCUUGAAGGUAGAGGCAGCCAACACAUAUAUUGACCCCAAGUUCAUCAGCAAUGGACCAUUCAAGGAUACUGUGACUGUGAAGAUUAGCGUUGAGGAUGCUGAUGAGCCCCCCAUGUUUUUAGCACCGUUUUACAUCCUUGAAGUGGAAGAGAACGCAGGACCGGGUGCUCCAGUUGGACGGGUACAUGCCAAAGACCCUGAUGCUAAAAACAGCCCUAUAAGAUAUUCAAUUGAUCGUCACACUGACCUCGACAGAUACUUCAGCAUCAGUCCAGAAGAUGGCUCAAUUACAACCACAAAAAAACUGGACAGGGAAGAAAUAGCCUGGCAUAAUAUUUCCGUGUUAGCAUCAGAAGUUCAUAACCGGCAUCAGGAAGCCAAAGUUCCGGUAGCGAUUAAAGUUCUUGACCUAAACGACAAUAUCCCCAAGUUUAAAGAGCCCUAUGAAGCUUUUCUAUGUGAAAAACCCCAGACAAAUAAGCCACUAAUUACAAUUUUCGCAGAGGAUAAAGAUGAUUCAGCCAAUGGCCCGAGAUUCAUCUUCCAUUUGCCACCUGAAAUGAUGCAGAAGCCCAAUUUUACUCUCCGAGAUAACCGAGAUAACUCUGCAAGCGUUUAUGCAAAACGCACAAGUUUCAGCCGACAAAUGCAAGAUUCCUAUGUCCUGCCUAUUGUGAUAAGCGACGGUGGGAACCCUCCUCAAAGCAGCACCAACAUGCUUCCGAUUCGAGUUUGCAGUUGUGAUGGGAAUGGUGGUGUGAUCUCCUGCAACCUAGAAGCCUACAUCCUCAAUGCUGGAUUAAGCACUGGAGCUUUAAUAGCAAUCCUUGCUUGCAUUGUGAUAUUGUUAGUGAUCGUCGUGCUCUUUGUAACCCUAAAACGACAAAAGAAAGAGCCCCUCAUCGUUUUCGAAGAAGAAGACGUACGGGAGAACAUCAUCACUUACGAUGAUGAAGGUGGCGGGGAAGAAGACACUGAAGCUUUUGACAUCGCUACUUUGCAAAAUCCAGAUGGUAUCAACGGAUUUAUUCCUCGCAAAGACAUCAAGCCAGAGUACCAGUAUAUGCCACGACCCGGGCUUCGGCCUGCUCCCAACAGCGUUGAUGUGGAUGAUUUUAUCAACACAAGAAUACAGGAAGCAGAUAAUGACCCCACGGCUCCUCCUUAUGAUUCCAUCCAGAUCUACGGCUAUGAAGGGAGAGGAUCCAUAGCCGGUUCGCUGAGCUCAUUAGAAUCGGCAACCACGGAUUCUGAUCUAGAUUAUGACUAUCUACAAAACUGGGGACCUCGUUUUAAGAAACUAGCAGAUUUAUACGGCUCCAAAGACACUUUUGAAGAUGACUCUUAACAAUAAAGUUCUCAAUUUGGCCUUAAGAACUGUGUCUAAUGUGCUAAAAAAAGAAUAAUGGAAAAAAAAUAUUCAGAGGAAAUGUAAGCAGGUAUUUUUUAAACAAAAAGUGAAGAAAAGUUCAUAUUCAGCAUUUAGGUUUGAUGGGGGAGGGGGUCCUUUGAUGGGAAAAAAAAACGGACAAGAAAUACUGUGAAGUACCUUUUCAUGGAAAAACAAAAGGCUAAGAUGGGAGUUGGGUCUCAACUUUGCUAGAAGGGGGAAAUGAUCUCUGAUAAAAAAAUAAUAAUGAUUAAAACAUAUUUAAGUGAAAGGAAAUUCUAAAUGCCAUCUUAGAACCGAGGGGCAGUCUUUUUAUGUACUCUGAACAGUUAAAUCUUUUAUGUCAAAGAAGCUUCCACAAAUUAGAAAAAAAAGAUAACAGUUCUGAGCUGUAAUUUCGCCUUAAACUAUGGACACUCCCUACGUAGUGCAUUUUUAAACUUGAAACAUAUAAUAUUCAGCCAGCUUAAACACAUAUGAUAUAUGUACAGGACAAUGUACAAUUAUAAUGUCUCUUGAGCAUCCAACUUGUUUCUGCUGACUCUUGUAAAUCUUUUUGCUUAUACUUUCAUCUUAAUCUAAUACGUGCCAGAUAUAAAACUCUGUCUUGUUGCAGUGGGAGAAGCCCUAUUUCUAUGUCAUUUUUAAAUGUAUCUAUUUGUACAAUUUUAAAGUUCUUAUUUUUAGUAUACAUACAAAUAUCAGUAUUCUGACAUGUAAGAAAUGUUACAUCACACUUAUAUUUUAUGAACAUUGUACUGUUGCUUUAAUAUGUGCUUCAAUAUACGAAGCAGACUUUGAAAUAAAAGAUUCUUUUUUA